CUGCGCGGCCGCGGUGUUGUGUGUCCCGCGGGCAGGGCCCGAGUUACUGGAGCCGGGAAUCCAGACGGGGUUUGGAGACGGGGGGCGGCGGGGGAGGCCGGUCCGGACAGGCCAAGAUGACGCCCAGCCCCACGUUAUUGCUCCUGCUGCCGCCGCUGUUGCUGGGGGCCCUUCCGCCGGCCGCCGCCGCCCGAGGCCCCCCGAGGAUGGCGGACAAGGUGGUCCCCAGGCAGGUGGCCCGUCUGGGCCGCACCGUGCGGUUGCAGUGCCCCGUGGAGGGGGACCCGCCGCCGCUGACCAUGUGGACGAAGGACGGCCGCACAAUCCACGGCGGCUGGAGCCGCUUCCGCGUGCUGCCCCAGGGCCUGAAGGUGAAGGAGGUGGAGCGGGAGGACGCCGGCGCCUACGUGUGCAAGGCCACCAACGGCUUCGGCAGCCUCAGCGUCAACUACACCCUCAUCGUGAUGGAUGACACAGGCCCAGGACGGGAGCGUCUGGGGCACGAUGGCUCCUCGGGGGGCCAGGAGGACCCAGCCAGCAAGCAGUGGGCACGGCCCCGCUUCACGCAGCCCUCCAAGAUGCGGCGCCGGGUGAUCGCGAGGCCCGUGGGCAGCUCUGUGCGGCUCAAGUGUGUGGCCAGCGGGCACCCUCGGCCUGACAUCACGUGGACAAAGGAUGACCAGGCCUUGACGGGCUUGGAGGCCGGCGAGCACAGGAGAAAGAAGUGGACGCUGAGCCUGAAGAACCUGCGUCCCGAGGACAGCGGCAGGUACACGUGCCGCGUGUCGAACCGGGCCGGCGCCAUCAACGCGACCUACAAGGUGGACGUGAUCCAGCGGACGCGCUCCAAGCCCGUCCUCACGGGCACGCACCCCGUGAACACGACAGUGGACUUUGGGGGCACCACGUCCUUCCAGUGCAAAGUGCGCAGUGACGUGAAGCCCGUGAUCCAGUGGCUGAAGCGCGUGGAGUACGGCGCCGAGGGCCGCUACAACUCCACCAUCGACGUGGGCGGCCAGAAGUUCGUGGUGCUGCCCACGGGCGAUGUGUGGUCGCGGCCCGACGGCUCCUACCUCAACAAGCUGCUCAUCGCCCGCGCCCGGCAGGACGACGCGGGCAUGUACAUCUGCCUGGGCGCCAACACCAUGGGCUACAGCUUCCGCAGUGCCUUCCUCACGGUGCUGCCAGACCCCAAGCCGCCAGGGCCGCCCGUGGCCCCCUCCUCCUCGACCUCCAGCUUGCCGUGGCCCGUGGUCAUCGGCAUCCCCGCCGGCGCCGUCUUCAUCCUCGGCACGGUGCUCCUGUGGCUCUGCCAGGCCAAGAAGAAGCCGUGUGCGCCCGUGCCCGCGCCGCCUCUGCCUGCACACCGCCCGCCCGUCACCGCCCGCGACCGCGGCGGGGACAAGGACCUGCCCGUGCCCUCUGCCCUUGGCGCCACCCCUGGCAUGGGGCUGUGUGAGGAGUUGGGGCCCCCGGCAGGUCCCCAACACCUGCUGGGCCCUGGCCCAUCGGCUGGUCCCAGACUUUACCCCAAACUCUACACGGAUGUGCACACGCACACGCACACACACACGCACUCACACACGCACUCUCACGUGGAGGGCAAGGUCCACCAGCACCAGCACAUCCACUACCAGUGCUAGACGGCGGCGCCUCUGGGGCAUGCCAGCCCACUGAGGCUGCAGGUGCCACGGGGGCGGGCACAUGGAGGUCAAGGUGGGCAGGCAGGCUGGGCGGAGGACCCCGGAGGGAGCUGAACCCCAGGCAGGAGGCGCAGCCAGCACCCCAGGGUGCCCACACACCCUCAGACCAGGAUGGCUCGGGGAAGGCCCGCAUUUGUGACUGCGCAGGGUGCGCGUAGCAGCCUGCUCGCUGAUGAAGGAAUCCCUUGGCUCCUGUGAGGAGGAUUUCAUGGGGACCACGGUCAAGCCACCCGUCCCCGUCCCUGGCAGGAGAUCUGAGAGGCGCCCCGGCUUUGUGAACCAAAACCUCCUGCCCCCGCCCCUGCCUGCCGCCCGCGUCCCUGCCCAGGCGUCUGCAGGCAGGUGGCUGUUUUUGCCACCACAUGUCUGGGUGUCUGGGAGCUUCCCCCCCACCCCCCUCCCCGGGACCCUGGGCCGGGAGGUCAGGCAUGGCAGUCCCAGCAGUGUCCCGAGAGGCUGGAGCCCGCCCCGGGGUGACCCUGCCCCGUCCGGCCUCCCACUGCCAGAGAGAAGGGCCCUCGAUAUUUAUAUUUAAGAAAUUAAGAUAAUAUUAAUAAUGCUGGAAGGAAGGUGGCCACAGACCCGGCCUGUCCUCGGGCCAACUGAACGGCCACCUCAGGGCUACACGCCCAUUGCUCCCUGCCGGCGGCAGCCCCAGACCUCUGUAAUUUUAUAUAGAUUUUGAGCUGAAGCUUCGUAUAUUUAAUUUAUUUUGUUAAACAAGAAAAUUUGCAUCCUUUCCUCUAA